UCAAACUUAAAUCUAUUGAAGGCAUAAUUGCAGAUAAGGACCCUUUCUUUCCCUUAUAUAAAAUCCACAAACCCAAAGCAUAGAGAAAAUGAAAAGCCGAGGGAAAAGUUGGAAGAUAAAUUGACCUUAUUCUUGCCUAAAAUGGGGAAUGAAUUGGGCCAAUAUUGACUUUUUUGGUGGCAUAUUUAACGUGGAUAGCCUAUGUAUUCUGUUUCCUAUAGCCUCUCUAAUGCUUUCUUCAGUUUUAGUUUGAACAGGAAAGAAAAAAAACAGUUGUUUACAAAUAUUUUUAUGUACUGUAAAUGUAAAGUGUGGGGAAGUCACCUUUUGCCACUGCGCAUUAAAUGGCUGCUGUCUUUCAUGUGUCCUGCAGGAUAAAAAAGUAAUGAAAUGAGAUGGACUAGACUAGACUAGACUAGACUAGACUGUUUGUAAUGUAAUAGAAUUUGGUUGCCGUGCUGUGGUCCUCAGUAUUCACCCUUCUAAGCCUGCUGCUGCAUAACUGUACUUCCUUCACAGUGCAUAAAUAUUUAAGUAGGAGCUCCAAGGCUCCUUCAAUCUUCAAAAUUCUCUUCCAUUUGAAUUGUAUUGGUAACUAGUUAGCAGCUGUGAUUGUAAAAGGAAACACAUGCCAAGCUGCCCGACUCAAAACAACCACCAGCUUCUAACCUAACAGCCAUCAUGAGCUCUUGUCAUAAGUGUUUCUUCCUCUACUUGAUGCUGUUCAUCAUUGCUUCAGUUUGCAAUCUUGGAAAACAUUUUGGUCAUUCAAACAAGUUCUUGAAUUCAUUUGAAGAAGACAAAAACCAGUCAGCAAUAUCUGCACUGCAAACAAAAGUAUUGUACUUAAACAACAGAAAGCUUUUGGUACAUGGUUCUUGCACUAACAGAGACAUAAGUAUUUCACAGAGCAAAGAUUCCACAUCUGGGAUCCCACAAUACAUUGUUCAGAUUGUUAACACUUGUGUUUCUGGUUGUGCCCCUUCUGAUAUCCACCUUCGCUGUGGCUGGUUUGCUUCUGCAAGAAUAGUAAAUCCAAGAAUCUUUAAGAGACUCUCUUUUGAUGAUUGUUUGGUUAAUGGAGGAGAGCCCUUGAAGACCAGUCAGAUCAUCAGGUUCACUUACUCAAACUCCUUCAUGUACCCACUUACAUUCAAGACAGCUAAAUUUUGCUAAGCUUAACUACAGAGAAAAAUAUGAUGGGAUAAAAAAAGCUCAACCCAAUGUUCAAAUACCAAUGAAGAAUCAACAAGGUUUCUUUUUGAAAUCAAGCCAUAGUUUGCAUUUCUGUGA